UAAAAAAAUAAAAAAUUAUGAAUAAUGUAAUGAUGAAAUAAAGGUCAUGACCUGCGAUGUCGACAUCGACCCAUUUUUCAGAGCGGUAACACUGAUCGAUUCUGCUCGCUCGAGUAGCGGAGCUAUAUCACUGAUGGCAUUUAAGGUAUAAAUGGAUUUCGAAAUACAAGGCUGCAUGCAUGCAAUUGGUUGUUGCUGGUGUGAGACAAGAGAAGAGGUUAUACAAAAGCUCGUGGAAUAUGAGUAUGGAUCCUGCACCACGGAAUUGUGACGAUGUGACGAAGAAUGAUUCCGAUGACGAAAUAGAGGACCUUCCUCCUACAUCACCGUUGCAGCCCCCUGACGCCAACAGCAACAAGCUACACAACGAAGAAGUGGAUGACGAUGAAGAGGCGAGAAGAAGAUGGGCGCGGGAGAAUCUCAAUGACAAGUCAUUCUCUCCCAGCAUAUCAUUCGAUGAUGACGGCAUGACAACGGCCACGACAGCGACUCGGGUGGUCUAUCAUCAGAAACCAGUCAUCAUUCUGUCUAGAAAGACAUGCUGGUUGUUGACACUUGCACAUUUCGCAUUUGCAAUCGCAACUGUCUCAAUCUACAUAGCCAUCUUUGUCAUUAGUAGUACGCGCAAAUCAGGUUCAGGUGUUCUUUGGAAAGGUGUAGUUUGUGGGUGUGUAUUUCUCAUGUCCGGUUUUGCGGGGAUAAUAAUCGCUUGGGAGAUUAGCUUUAAAAGAGUGCAGGUGUUUCUUGUCGCGUGUGUUCUCUCUGCCCUUGCUGCACUGCUGCUUCUUAUUCUCUCUUGUAUCACAGUGAACACCAGCAGUGAAUGUGCGGUAUACUAUAGCACGUCUAUUAUGGAUAUCUACCACUGCCAGAGCAUGUACUAUGUUAAGGUACUCAACAUUGGCUACAUCGUGAUAGCAAUAGUGGAACUUAUAAUUUCGCUUUGGCCAAUCGUUUUCGGCAGAAGGGCUGCCAAUCGGAGAAAGACGCAAGACGUAGUUGAAUACGUGGAAGAUGAGGACAUUUAGUGCGUGCGUGCGUGGGUGCGGGCGUGCCUGCAUGUGUGUAUAAUAUAUAAGGGACUAGCCACAUAGCUCUACCUGUGUAAUCCCUUCAGUGGCGUAUCCAGAAAUUGAUGAACAGGGGUGCUAAACUUACCUGGGCUGCCGCAAGUGGCCCCGCACGCCUUAGGCACGCCAGCACUAGGGGGUGGGGGCAUGCUCCCCCCGCAAUUCUGAAAUAUUUAAGCCAUUUUCCAGCAAUCUGAGGCAUACUGGGAGCCAUAUUCUAAUGUCUGAUGACACUAUCUUAACCCUAGACCCAACCCUACAAUUUAGGAUUUAAAACACUGCUACUACACACACCUGAGGUUAGGUUACUAUAGUAAUAAUACAGGUAUUAAAACACAGGUAAGGAUUGUAACACAAUAUAACUUGAUAAAUCCUUUAACAUGUUUAAUCAUGGCACUAAAAAGGAAACACACUUGAUCAUGUUGAUGAUUAGCUCCAAUUGGUACACAGGUCAGGGUGAGAAGCCAGUGUGACAAUUAAGCUUACUAAUAAUUGCCACUGAGAUGUUCAGGUCAUUAUUGUGUGUUCGGGACCUUAAGCGUCACCCAUGGGGUUUCCCAAUAGCAACCUUUAAGGCUUCCUUCGGAUGAAGAUGUUGACAACCUUAUCCAUUUGCAAAGGGAGGUCCUUGUGGAGCAACAGAAGCAGGAGGACGUUCAGUCUGUCGUUACCCCUGAAGACACACUGCUACUAAAAAGCUUUGUUUAAAGUUUUAUUGAUUAUUUUUUCUGGGCCUGCAAACGGGGUGUGCGUACGUACGCCGGCUCCGCCCUAUGCUGGAUACCCACUACAGGGAGCGAAGAGGCUACACUGGUAAACCUAUGAGGACGUAUUCCCAUACGACCAGCUAGACCGCUUUAUUGUAGGUGUGUGCGUGCGUGCAUGCGUGCCUGCGCGCGCGUGGGUGUAAGUAUAACGAGCAAUCUACGUAUACUAUAUACGAGGUCAAUUAUAACUUUCUAGUUCAUAGACCUAACACUAAGGCAAUGCAGCAUUUCACUAAGACUUUUAAGCUAUUUUUAGUGUGACUUUUUAUUCUAUGUGUAAGAGUGGAAUGUAUGUAAAUUCCGCUGGUAAAGUACUUUGUUUUAGCUGUACGCGUACUGAGUCGUUGAUCUCUUAUUUUUAAACAAAAUUUGUUUUUAACGCAUAAGGUCUACGACGAAAUAAAAUCUUGUAAAACUAUAUAUUUGCUGAA